AUGAACGUAGUUAAGAAGAUCGUAAACGACACCCUCACUGGCGAUGUUGCACUACUACGCAAGUUUCUAGACGCUGGUCGUGGCAAGACGUUGGUAUUAAGUGGAGCAGGUAUAUCGACGGAUUCUGGUAUUCCAGAUUAUCGAGGACCGAAUGGUGUAUACAAUCGCAAUAAGGAUUUUCGACCAAUUCAGUUUCAAGAGUUUAUUGGAGCUCAUACAUAUCGUCAACGCUAUUGGGCACGUAGUCUUUUUGGGUGGCCCAAAAUAUAUAAUGCACAGCCAAAUGGGUCGCAUCAUGCACUGACGGAGCUUCAACGUGGAGGCGCCAUUUCAAGCAUUUUGACCCAAAAUGUGGAUCGGUUGCAUAUUAAAAGUGGUUCUCACAGUGUCGUCGAAAUGCACGGAUCACUGUACGAAGUCGAGUGUCAGGGUUGCGGUGAUGUGACGUCUCGUCAAAGCUACCAAGAAGUUUUAAAGGAGCUGAAUCCACAAGUUGCUCAAUUGUUGAAGGAGAACCCAGACAAGGAGACAGGUGAUGUGGCAUCCAGUGAACAUGGGAAUCCGGAUGGAGAUGUUGAUAUCUCGUGGAAUUACGACGAGUUUAUCUACCCAGGGUGCAGCAAAUGCAGUGGCAUCAUGAAACCAAGAGUCGUCUUUUUUGGUGAAAAUAUGCCGGUAACUACUCGGAUAAAUGCGCUAGAGCGCGUGAGCGAUGCAAAUGCGUUACUAGUCGUUGGCUCGUCGCUAAAGGUCUUUUCAGCAAUGCGCCUGAUCAAUCACGCACAUGCUCGCAAGGUCCCUAUUGCCAUUGUUAACUUGGGACCAACGCGAGCUGACGAUCUGUGCGAACUACGCAUCGAUAAAGCGUGCACGAGUCUGCUCACCGAAGUGGCAGACUUGUACUGA